CUCAACUAUGGAUAGUGCGCCCGGUUCCCGUGCCUCAUCAUGGGCAAAUGUGGUGAAGAACCGGCGUCAGAACGACACCUUUUGUGACGCGGCUCAUGAUUCUUCAUCAGUAAAUAGAAAGAUGAUGUUCAAAGCCAAAGGUGAUAACAACAAUAAGCAAAUCACCCGACCAGUCCAGAGCGAACAUCAAACGACGCCACCAGUCCAUUCCGCCCAAUCUUCGGUAUCUGCGCCUUUUACCUUCAAAGCUCACUACCUUCAGAAAGUUCAAGCUGCGAAACAGCUAGUGAAUCAGAAGCCCGAUUUACAACAGCAAGACAUGGUUCUGACCAGAGGCGUCCAAGAUAUGACUAAUUUCAAUGCUGAACUCGCUUCCAUGAGAGCUACUAUCUCGACCUUGCAGGAGGAUCUGUCCCGCAAAAAUGGCGAUCUGAUUCAAGCAAGGGCGGCUCUAGCUGGAAAAGACAUCCAGAUUGAAGAUCUUCAGAAUUCUGUUGCGAUGUUAAGGGAGAACAUUCGCUCUAUCACCGUUGCUACCCAGGCAGAUGAGGACGGCUUGGCUGCUAAGGAUGAGUUAAUUGAACAGCUUGAGUAUGAAAAUGCCGAAUUGCGAGACUCUAUUCAUUCGGGACUCAUCUCUAUUAGCGAAGUCUAUGGCCCUGGAAGUGAUCAAGCCUUUACCCGUAUGGCUACGAAGCAAGCAGAAUCUUCUGGGUCUACUAUUAUGGACUGUCCAAAUGAUCGUCGUCCUGACCCUAAAGGUUUUGUGCAGGCGCCGGAUAUGCAAUCACCUUUCUAUCCUCCGCAGGCAUUGAAACAGACUGGUGUACUCCAAGGUCAGCCUAUACACCCAGCAGAUGAUAGUCAGAAAUCCGAACCUCAGAAAGACAAUCAGUCUUCUAAACAGGCAUACCGGCCUCCUAAGGGCAAUCGUCCUAUCAAAGGAAUGAAUCAGCCUAAUACUACGACCCGCCUACCUAUGAGCCAAGCUGAUAAUUUUGUCACUGAUGUUAACCAUCCUAUCACGGACAACCACCGUGUGAAGCUUGAUGACACCACGAAGAAUCCUGAGGGACUUGUUGAGUGCGUUAAAGAGCAAAAAGAGGAUCACCCGAAGCCGGUCAACGAUGCCCAGGAGGCUAAGGAGAAUGGUCCUUCUAUCGAUUCCAAGCAAUCCACCGAUUCCAUUUGUAGCCCGACCCAAGAGGACACUGAUGCUGCCUCAAAUACCAAGAACCUGUCAGAGCUUGAUCCUUCUAUCAUCAGACUUUCUCCUACUUCACCCCGUGAAAACAAAGCUGGUGGUAUAGCGCAUACUAUUACCCAGGAACACUUGACUUCUAGCGUGGAGAAAGAUGAGAUUUCCAAUCCGAGCGGGGGUCAGCAUCAAAGAACCGAAGAAGAGUCCAAGGGAGGAAAGGUUGACGGCAAGUACCGCUCCAAAGGAAUACAUGAGUCGGUGGAUAUCAUGGAAGGCGCCACCUUAGCUAAGGUAGUAGAUGAACACCCCAAACCCGUGAAUCUUCCAGUUGUUAAGCAACAGAGCCAAGUUCGAACUCAGAUGAUUUUUUGGAAAAGCCGAAGCCCCGAACUAGGAGAUAACCGUGCUACUCUUUCCAGUAUCGUGUCUUCGCCGCAAAUCAAUUCUCCAGAACCCGCAGUCCUUCCCACCCGAGAAGAUGGAUACACGCCGGAAAGCAGCCUUGAAGAUAGUGCUGGAUGGGUGGACGUUACAACCAAGAACAAGCUUAAUAGAAAUUCUAAGAGCAAGACUAAGAGCAAGCUAAAGAAUAGUCCUACACCCGCAGAAGAUGAGAAAUUGGUCACGGAGCAGAAACUUACAAACAAGUCGACCAAGCCGAUACCCAGGGAGAAGGGUAUCCCAGCAAGUCUUCAAAAGCGAAGAGGUAAGAAGCGCCCCAGCGGCACAAUCAUCGGAUCAAAUUCUGUCUUUUCUCGCGCAGCCAAGGGACAGCAAAGUGACGAUGAGGCCGGCAUCGAUGAGAGUUCCACCGACAGUAAGGAGCUGAAGAUUUGCACACCUGAAUCAUCCGGGCCUCUAAGCUGGGCUGACGAAGUAGAGGAAGAAGAAGCACGACGCAAUUCUUAAAAGUAUCAGCAUUAGGUAUCUACUUAUGAGUGAUUGCUUCAAAGUAGCAUCUCGAGGAAAGUUCCAUGGACCAUGAUAGACUAAUUUCGGUGGAACUAUUGGUUUAAAAUUGGAUCAAGGGGCCGAUCUAAUUACUUUAGGUCAGAUAGGUCAGAUAGGUCAGAUGAACUGAGCUUUCCUUGCUUUGUAGAUCAAUAAUACUUCGUCUAUAAUCUGUUGUGUGUCUUUGUGAUUUGUCUUGACGCUUUACGCACAAUGGUUAAGCCCUCUUUAAAAGUUGGCGACUUAGGUUAUUUUUUCAUCUGAUGUAUUCUGCAUUAUUCACUUAAUCCUGACUUUUUAGUAGUUAUUGAUAUCCAUAAUCAAUAGUAACGUGGUUUACUUUAACUACUGCUUAAAGGAGGUUGGUGUAAACCACAGGCCGUGAUGUGGAUUCCAGCUUUCCCAUAGGAAUGGUAUAGCUUAUUGUACCGGCGUCGUUAAUAUGUAGGUAGGUAGUUAGUAUAUGAAAGUUGCAAUCUAUCUACACCGAUAUUCCCUUGUUUUUGAAAGCGCAAGAACUAAGAGGUUAGUUGAGUAGAUCUAGGCUGACGUAUCUAAGAGAUAUAAUCAAGUUCGUCUUCUUGUCUCACACGCUACUCUUAUAUAUUGGUGGCCAUAAGUUAGAUUAUCACCA